AGCCACCGCUGCCAGUCUGAGGCAGGUGCCCGACAUGGCGAGUGCUGUGCUGCCGAGCGGAUCCCAGUGUGCGGCGGCAGCGGCUGUGGCGGCGGCGGCGGCGCCUCCAGGGCUCCGGCUCCGGCUCCUGCUGUUGCUCCUCUCGGCCGCGGCACUGAUCCCCACAGGUGAUGGGCAGAAUCUGUUUACUAAGGACGUGACGGUGAUUGAAGGAGAAGUUGCAACCAUCAGCUGUCAAGUCAAUAAGAGUGAUGACUCCGUGAUUCAGCUACUGAACCCCAACAGGCAGACCAUUUACUUCAGGGACUUCAGGCCUUUGAAGGACAGCAGGUUUCAGCUGCUGAAUUUUUCUAGCAGUGAACUCAAAGUGUCACUGACAAAUGUCUCAAUUUCGGAUGAAGGGAGGUACUUCUGCCAGCUCUACACGGACCCCCCGCAGGAGAGUUAUACCACCAUCACAGUCCUGGUCCCUCCACGUAACUUGAUGAUCGAUAUCCAGAAAGACACGGCAGUUGAAGGGGAGGAGAUUGAAGUCAACUGCACGGCCAUGGCCAGCAAGCCGGCUACGACCAUCAGGUGGUUCAAAGGGAACAAGGAACUCAAAGGCAAAUCAGAGGUGGAAGAGUGGUCGGACAUGUACACUGUGACCAGUCAGCUGAUGCUGAAGGUGCACAAGGAGGAUGAUGGGGUCCCAGUGAUCUGCCAGGUGGAGCACCCUGCGGUCACUGGAAACCUGCAGACCCAGCGGUAUCUAGAAGUGCAGUAUAAACCACAAGUGCAGAUCCAGAUGACUUACCCCCUGCAAGGCCUAACCCGGGAAGGGGAUGCAUUCGAGUUAACGUGUGAAGCCACCGGGAAGCCCCAGCCUGUGAUGGUAACUUGGGUGAGGGUCGAUGACGAAAUGCCUCAACAUGCCGUUCUGUCUGGGCCGAAUCUGUUCAUCAAUAACCUAAACAAAACAGACAAUGGUACUUACCGCUGUGAGGCUUCCAACACAGUGGGGAAAGCUCAUUCGGACUAUAUGCUGUAUGUAUACGAUCCCCCCACAACUAUCCCUCCUCCCACAACAACCACCACCACUACCACCACCACCACCACCACCACCACCAUCCUUACCAUCAUCACAGACACCACGGCGACGACAGAACCAGCAGUUCACGGCCUUACUCAGUUGCCCAAUUCCGCAGAAGAACUGGACAGUGAGGAUCUCUCAGAUUCUCGAGCAGGUGAAGAGGGCGCCAUUGGGGCAGUGGACCACGCGGUGAUUGGCGGCGUCGUAGCCGUGGUGGUGUUUGCCAUGCUAUGUUUGCUCAUCAUUCUGGGCCGCUAUUUUGCCAGACAUAAAGGUACAUACUUCACUCAUGAAGCCAAAGGAGCCGAUGAUGCAGCAGACGCAGACACAGCUAUAAUCAAUGCAGAAGGAGGACAGAACAACUCCGAAGAAAAGAAAGAGUACUUCAUCUAGAUCAGCCUUUUUGUCCAAUGAGGUGUCCAACGGGCCUGCUUAGAUGAUAAAGAGACAGUGAUACUGGAACUUUGGAGAAGCUCGUGUGGUUUUUUUUUUAUGAGUGGGUGGAAAGAUGCGAGACUGGGAAGGCUUGGGAUUUGCAAUGUAAAAACAAAGACAAAAAAUGUUCUUUGAAAGUACGCUCUGCUGUUUGACACCUCUUUUUAAUCUGGUUUUAAUUUGGUUUGGGUUUUGGUGUUUUCGUUUCUAUUUCCUCCUACCAAGUCAAACUUGGGUACUUGGAUUUGGUUUCGGUAGAUUGCA